AGGAACGGUUUGUUCAGGUGCAGAAUGACAGAUUUUCACAUUGUCAGCUUGGGGGAUUCAAUCUUGCAACCUUACAGUUAACUAGUCCAACACUAAUGACCUGCCUCUCUCCCGUUCCACUCCACAAGGAGACUGCCUGUUAUGCGAAUGCAGUAAGCCAAGACAGUUUCCAUGACCAGCUAUUGGAGGACAGUCGGUUCCUCAGGACAGACCGUCGACUGGACACAGAACUAGUGGAUAAGCUCAUCCUGCAGCUCAACAGGAUCUACCCACAGAUCCUCACAGACAAGGAGGCCACCAAAUUUAGGGACCUUGAUGUGCCCACCUGCGUCCGACUGGCCGAGCUCCUGGCUCACCUACAGGGGAAAGGUGAAGAGGCCUGCCGGGAGUUCUACCGGGCGCUUCACCUGCAUAUGGAAGAGGUGUACUUCAGCCUACCAACACGCCUCCGCCUCAGAGAUUCUGUAGACCCGUUCACGAUUCCAGCCUCACCCACCCAGCCGAGAUAUGUGCUGAACGACCGAGGUCCUCUGUUCUUCCUGAGUUGUUUUGGUGUUGCGGUGGGGAUGGCUCUACUGUAUUACUAUGGCGAGGCCAAAGUAACAGGGGGAAGCGGGGCUCUUGGCAUGGCUGCUCUUGGACUGGGCCGACGAGCCAGAGAGGUUCUCAUAUGGUACGCUGAAGACCCCAUCAGGAAGUAGUCUGUGUGUCUCCACUACCACAGCAAAACAAGCACUCCAAAGGUGUUUCCGGACAUCCAUAACACACUACACAAAUACCCCUUUCACAUUACCAUGCCAACCUGAACCAAACUGUGCUGGUUACAGCAACUAUGGUCGAUGAGUAACUGAGCCAGUUUAUUACAGCUUGGUUUGGCUCAGUUCAGUUUGUUUCAGUGGUGUGAAAAGCCAGGGGAUUAUAACUUUGUACAUACUGUAUAUAGCAGUCUUUUGGCUUUAGGAAUCUUGAGGUUUUUUUGGACAAUUUGUCAUAUAGCAACUGGUUUUCUUAUGAACUUUCAUUGUCUUCAUAAUGGUUAGAUAUUAGACAUGCGUCUUCUCUGGUGAAAGGGACUAUUAUCACACUUAUGCUCUGUUACUGAACAGCAUCUUGUCAAGAGCCAGCCUCCUUCCAUUGUUCUUUUGGUGUGGUUUGGACACCGUGUACAGAAACCAAUAAACUCACUUUAAAUGAACCUUUCCUACUGAAUGUGUUGUACUACUUGCAGUAUGCUCAGGAGAUUGACGUUAGGAAACAUCAAACGGCAAAGGAGGGUAUUUAUCAAAUAGGAUGUUUAUUUGUUUACUGAAGGAAACCAACCAAGCACUACGUUUUAUUGCAAUUUGAAUUGUAAUAUCAUCUCUGUUAUCAGGGAGGAUCUAUAAAUGGAAAACAUGAAUGAUAUUUUUUUUU